UUCUAUCUCUCUCCUGUUUUCCAACUCCCUCUAAUUUCCAUCGCCCUCUGAUUUUCUCUGCAAGCAAAACUCCAUUUCGAUUUCCAUCCAAAUCCCUGCAGGAAAUCAACAGGAAUCUGCGAAAACUGAAUUCCAAGUUCUUUCUCGCCUUCGUUCGGGCAGAGAACCAAUCGAGAGAGAGAGGGCGUAGGUUUUCGAAUCGUUCGCCAUGGGGGAAUUGAACAUGGAGGACAUGCCGUUGCCGUCUCUGUUCGAGCAGUCCCGCAAGAUUCACCUCGCCGCCACGGAGUCCGCCGUCGAUCAGGAUACCGUGAGAAGAGGAAUCGAAGGUUUGGGGAAGUGCGAGAACAUGAUAAGUACGCUGGGAUUGUUCUCGGCCAACGAGACUAAGGAGGAUAUCAGCACUUCGAAUCUCAAGUACAUUUUGGUCCCUUUUUAUCUGGCUGAAUUGAUGGAAAAGGUUUCUGCUGAUGAUAGGAUACCCAUUCUUAAAGCUUCUCAGGAAAAACUAAAGGAAUUUAUGUCAUUUUGUGAAGCGAUGGAACUUUUACCCAAGGGAGAGUUAGAGACAUCUGUACCCGGAGGUUCGAAUCAAAUGGUAGAUCGAAGAGCUAGAAAGAUAGCACGUUUCAAACGUCAAAAAGCUGCUGAAUCAAAGUUGCUUGAAAUCAAGGAACGGAAAGAGCGGCGUGGGAGGUCAACCAAAGCAGCUGCCUUAUCUACUCCUGUGGAGGCAGGAGAAGAAGAAAUGGUCGAUGAUGACAGCGAGGAAGAGCGUGAGGCUUGGCUUACUACAAUCUCUCUAGCGAUUUGUAAGGCUUUGGAUUUACUAGAAAUGCUACAGAAAGAGGAAGAAAUGCUUUCUGCUAUCAAAGAGAAACAGUCAAAGGAAGGGGAAAAGGAGUUCUCUCGUGCUAUUCUGGAUGAGCGCACAAAGACUGCUGAAACUUGGCACCGUAAUGCCGCAACUCGUGCACGAUAUACUAAACCGGCACAACCUAUUACAUGUGCUACUUUUGCACAAGAUGUUUUGGAAGGUAGGGCAAACGUUUCAGAUGCUCAUGAACAUAAACACCAACCCCUGAUAUUUGGACCUGCGAGCCUUGUAAAUGGGAGUCUGACUAGCGAGAGGGAUAGAAUAGCAGCACAAGUGUUCCAGCCAGGUCACAGGAUGCCAACCAUGAGCAUAGAGGAAGCUGGCUUGAAGGAGAUGCAGAUGAUGCAGAAGUUUCAAGAGAGAACUGCCAAGUUCAUGGAAGAGGCUAAUUCCGCGUGGUACAAGGAGAGGAAACAGCCAGGGCCAGUUGAAGAUGAGGACGAAGACGACGAUGCUGCUCAGGAAAGGGCGAGAGCCUUGGACGACUGGAAAGACGAGAAUCCUCGUGGGGCUGGAAAUAAGAAACUCACACCUUGCGGGUGAAUGUGGGGGGAUCCGAUCUACGGAUCCUCUCUGCUGGUGAAGCAUCUCCUGCAUGUCUGAACAACACCUUUCCUUUUUAGUUUUGUAAGUUUUGCAGACGAGAGAAACAUCUCUGUAAAUUAUCCAGGUUUCGGGUAAGAUAUUCUUUGUGCCUUUCCAAGAGUUGUGUUGCUGGGUAGCAUGAUUUGGUACGAGCUUGUUCCAAAGGUUGUCAAACCUUCAGCUUG